AUGAAUGCUUCAACUAUUGCUGUGCAUUGGCACGACGAUUCUCAGCCAAUUUAUUCCUGUCAUUUUCAGCCAAAUAACCAAAACACUCAUUCAAAAAGAUUAGCAACUGCUGGUGGUGACAACAAUGUUCGCAUCUGGUCUUUAACUUACUCAAACGACUUCAAACAAAUCACCUCCAUUGAAUAUCGCUGCACUCUAUCAAAGCACACCCAGGCUGUUAAUGUCGUUCGUUUCGAUCCAAAGGGCCAAAUCCUAGCCACUGCUGGCGACGAUGGUGCUCUCUUGAUCUGGACUCUAUCCGAUAAAAUCAUCAAAGAAUUUGGUUCAAACGACAUCGACCAAGAUGACCAAAAGGAAUCCUGGAUCUUAAGACACUCCUUAAGAUCAAGCACCUCCGAAAUUUACGACAUAGCUUGGUCUCCAAACUCCCAAUAUCUUCUAACUGGCUCAAUGGACAACAUCUCAAAGAUCUAUAACGUUGUAACUGGCCAAUGUGUAAAACAAAUCGCUGAACAUAACCACUAUAUUCAAGGUGUCGCUUGGGACCCAAAAAACGAAUUCAUUGCAACUCAAUCUGCUGAUAGAAGUUAUCUUAAACCUCAAAUCCCCCAGUCUCCGAAAAAAGAUUCAAACCAUGGCUCAAGAACUAUCACCCCAAUUCCUUCUCCAAGCCUAUCUACUGCUUCCUUAGUCUCUCCUUCUGUCUCCUUCACUUCAAUUAGCACGUCAAUGAACCCUCCCUUGAGCAAAAGAAGACUAUCUGCUUCCUCAACAGGCUCAACUUCUUCCUUUUCUACCGCUACUCGUUCUGCUUCUCCAACUCCUUCAGCUGCUCCUCCUUUACCUGCUAUUCGUAAAAUGGAUUUACGCGAUUUUAGAAACAACUACAGCUACAAUUAUAACUUCAACUUCAACUUUACCCUCAGAAAUUCUUUAUUGUAUUAUUCUGAAACUCUACAAUCCUUUUUUCGAAGACUAACUUUUAGUAUCGACGGAAGUCUACUAUUAACUCCCUCGGGCAUUUUCAAAACUUUUGUUUCAACUGAUAAUAUCGACUCAAAUGCAUACUCAUUUCCUAUUCUUACUUCCGAUAAUAAUAAUGAUAACAAUCACUUGGACACUAGUCCAACUAAACAGCAAGAAGUCAUCACAAACACUGUCUACAUUUAUACAAGAGCAGGAUUAAAUCAUCCUCCAGUUGCUCACUUGCCAGGCUUAAAAAAACCUGCAAUUGCAAUAUCUUUUAACCCUUACUAUUUUAAAUUAAGAAAUAACUUUAUCUUAUCCAAUAUAACCCCCAAAAAAAAUAAAACUACCUCACAUUCUUUAUUCAAAUUACCUUAUAGAAUGAUUUUUGCUGUCUCUACACAGGACUCAAUAAUUAUUUAUGAUACCCAAUCUCUAGAACCUUUGGCCUUGGUAGCUAACCUACAUUAUUCAACUUUUACUGAUUUAACAUGGUCGUCUGACGGUUUAACAUUAAUAGUCUCCUCAACAGAUGGGUUUUGUUCUUCUGUAAUUUUUGAGGAAUCUUUUUUGGGUGAGAGAUACAGUGAGGAUAACAGUAAUCAUGAGAAUGAAAAAUUAAAUGAUAAAUUUUCUACCGACGAUAAAAAUACCGCCAAUACUAUUAAUACCACCAAUAUCACCAAUACUACUGCCAAUACAAAUAAUAAGGAUUCUGUAAACCUAGAUCAGAAAAAAAAUGCAAAUGCUUUAGGAAUUGUUAUCACUAAAAUAACUGAAAAUCCUAUAACAGGUUCACCAAAAAACAUACCUAAAACUGCAAAAGUGAUAACAGCCAUAAAGGAAAUGGAAAAAGAAAAGCAAACUAUAAACACAUUGCUAAUGGAAGCAAGUAAUACUAAUAAAAGGAGUGGUAUCACUGAAGGAAGAAGAGAAAAACAUAAAAAAAUAGAUGAUAAAAACAAUAAGAAUAAUAAAAAUAAAACUGGUUUGAAAACCAUUGAAAAGAAACAAGAAACUGGGGAUCCAAAAAAGAAAAAAAGACGUAUUGCACCAAUUUUGGUUGAAAAAAAAUAG